GUCAUGACUGUUGGUUUGCGCAGCUGGCCUCGCAGAUUCACCUACAAUUGUACAGGAGACCGACGUAACUGAUGGAUUCUAAAAACUAUAUUCUCAAUUCGAACAAUGAUCGUACAGGUCUUGCCUCGUCGCUUGCUGUUUAUAACGCUGGUGCUAGGCAGGUACAAGUUCCGCAAUCGAGUGCAAUGGGAAACGCCCCGAGUGAAGUUGCUAAACAGCUUCAUUGGACUUCGGCCGGGCCGAUUGUGUUAAACUCUAAAAUAAGCAUUCAAAAUCAGUUCAAAUUCCCCGAAAUAGUGCACCAACCUUCGGCAAUUGUCACGAUUGACAAUACAAACCAUUUGCUGCCCUCUCUGUCAGUGGUAAAUGUUCUGUCGAAAACUGAUUUGACUAACCUGCCGAAACGAGUAGAUCUAUCAGCAUUCAAUCUUAAAGGAGUAUCUGAUUUCUUGGCAUCGCAUGCUCUGUUCUCUCCAAAAAUACAGCAAAAGGGAAUAGUUGAAGUGAAGCCGGAAAAUGUAUCUGAAGCUAGUUCGUCUAAUUAUCGGUUUGCAAGUAGAAGAUCUUCGUCGACAUCUGAUUGGAGUAAUUUGUUCGGCCUAAAUGUGCUGGCUAAAGUUGACAAUGCUGCUUUCUCUUGUGGGACUAUCUGUGAAGUGACUCCAGUUGUUGCUCAACUGCCCGAGGCUAUUAGCGUGCAACUCCUUUCACAGUUGAUGGGCAAAAAAGUGGUAAGGUUUUCGGUCGGAACCAAGGAGAUUCAAAUAGUGCAAGAUACGAUUCCAUCGACAAAUGAAAUUAAAAAUGGAACUUGUCUCCUCUUUAAUCCUCCGGAUUCUAAUUUGUUCUAUCCCGCGACUGUUCUCGAAAGUAAUUAUGACUAUUUUACAGUGAAGUCUAUAGCUAACGAAAUUUUUUCGGUACGUGUGAGUAAACUAAGGCUGUACAAAACACCCUGGCAAAAAGAUUCCAAGUGGCUGGGAAAUAGCAACAUCGAGCGAAAGUUAGUAUCCGGGGUUCCGUCUCCCGUCAAAUUGAUAAACGAAGAUUCGGUUUUCACUGCUGAUGCAGAAAUUGAAGAAUUAGAAAUCUCGAAGUUCGGACAAGAAUCUGUCCCAAUUCUUUCAAGAUCAGUUCCUUCCACUCCUGGUGGCAGAUCGGAAAGCUCUCUUUGUGCUCAAUUUCAGCCUAAUUCGGCCGAUCAGAGUAGAAAUCAAAGCACUAGUUAUUCGGCAUCUCAGUUUGAUCAGCCGAAGGGGACGAUUCAAAUAAACAGCCACGGUAUCAGGAAGAAAUUUAACGGGAAGCAGUGGAGGCGACUUUGCUGCGUCGAAGGCUGCAACAAAGAAUCACAAAGACAGGGACUGUGUUCUAGGCACAACACAGAGAAGCGAAACAGGCAGAGUAGCUUGAGUGCUGUAUCUUCGCUUAAUGAUGCGAACAACAGGCACGCUACUUCAGCGACAGUUACUCCUCUGAGCAACGAAAGCUUUGCAAGUAGCGCUCAUUCUAGCAGAAGCGACGAGAAAAAUGAAAUAGCACAGGUGUUGGCCUCUCUUAGGGAAGGAACUGCAAAGAUUACACCUUUGCCGCCUAAAAUGAGACCGAUUAAUUGCAGAUUGUUCGAUACCAGAGGGGGGCGAAUGCGAAACUUAAGCGGGGGACCAAUGUACCAAACGAAAUCGCCGUCCGCUCUUAUGUCGCCAUUCACAGUGUACAACAGAUUCCCACAGAUGAGCAUGAGCGCUUCGUCAACUCCGGCUUUGCCUGGCUCUCCUGGAAGCGGAUUUGUUUACCACUCUCCGGGUUCAUAUGGAAGUGCUCCAAUGAGGCACCUUUCAGGCGAAAAUCCUCAGUCUGUCAUUGCUAGUCCUUCCAGUCAUGCAAGCAUUACGCCCCAUUUUCACCGUGUAACGUUCCACCCUUCGGGUACAAACGGCAGUUUACACAAUGGAAGUAGAGAGUUGUGUGAUUCUGGCAUUGAUAUCACUACAAGGACUCCCAGUCCCAAUCACAAUGAUGACAGUUGCUGUUCGCCCAAGAAACGAUGUACGGGAUCUCCGCCGCUGAUAGUUUCCCCCAAACAAAGCUCGAGGCAGAGAAAUGUUGGCGUUGUUCACACUCCUACCCCGCUCACUGUUCAACAUCGAAUGCACAACCAGAAGCCAGUUUCUAUUCCAGUUCUGUUUACUUUACAGAGACCAGAACUUUCAUCUGGGCCUACCUUUUCUAAUUUAAACUCAGAUUCCAAUGCAGAUUCAAAUAAUUUGACAGACACAAAUCUGAAACUACAGCCGCUAGAGCUGUCUUACUUUGGUGCUAGUUCUAUUAACGAAAAUUCUACAAUUCCUGUCAAAAUUUAUAAUCCGGCCAGAUCUGAAAAUAAUCAAAGUUUUACUGAUAAUGAAGGUUUCAAAGAAGAAAGCGAAUCGAAUGCGGAAGAAGACGUCGAAGUUUGUCAGAAGGAAAAGGACAACGUGGAAAAUCACAAUCUGCUGGAUCAGGUUGUCAUCAAAACCAGAGACAAUGUGUUCAAACUGAAGAAUGAGGCACAACUUCCGAUGAGCGAGGAAUCGGAGGAUGACGAACCAAACUUGGAAGAACCUGAAAAGUAUACUGUUCCUACCAGCUCUCGUACUUCUAUGGUCCAAAACAAAGCAGUGUGGCUUAAUGCGCAUCCAGAGCAGGCCUCGAUAUACCCCUGGCACGUUCUGGUUCCCUUCUUCAACCGAUGUGACCUUAGUGAACCUUCAGAACGAGGAAACCAACAAACGCAGAGCACAAACAGCGCAGGAGUUGCAGCGCCUCACAGACCGUCGGGAUCUGUGUCUACAGAACAGAACCAAAUGAACGGAGUGAUGAUGAAUGGACAUUCUGUUAUUGGUCAGUCCUCAUCGGGUAGUAGUGUUCAGACAGCAGUAGAUAGUGGAGGUAGCGGAGGAGUGAUAGAAUGCAACACUGCAGUUAUGGACGGCGUGGAUCCCACAGGGGCUGUCUCGGACUGUAUGUCGACAGAUCCAGGCACAGGAAACACGCAGCAGGACCUUACAGAUACAAUGAAUGAGGUUGAUGAGUCACAUUCUUCCACCCUCGCUAAGUCUGGCUCGCCCCUGGACGUGAGCAUGCAGUCUGCGGAACAGGCGCGCCAGCUGCUCCUCAGUAGGAGACCUCUGGUCGGCUUCGGAGUGGACCUCCCAGCCGAUGGAUGUUCUUCUUCGAUCGGAGCCAUCAAAAGACGCAGUUUCUCAACCAGUUGUAUAAACAAUCGCAAAAAGGGAUCGAAGUCUAGUGCGGAGGAUAGGUCGCAUCUGACGGGUUCCGAGGAGAAGAUUCCGCGACCGAUGAAUGCGUUCAUGGUGUUCAGCAAGCGGCAGAGACAGCGAGUGCAAGAGGAGAACAAAGGCCUGGACAACAGGGAAAUAUCACGGAAGCUGGGAGAAAUGUGGUACUCGUUGCCAGAGGACGAGAAGCAGUCCUAUCAGAAGCUUGCCCAAGAGAUCAAAGAAAAAUUCAAAGAGAAAUACCCAGACAUGCGCUACUCCUCAGCUAAAAAAGAAAAGCGAAAAUCGAAGAGUGGAAGCAAGUUGGCUGAAGACGAUUUGAACCAAGAAGCAUCUACGAACAGUGGCAAGCAACCAAACGUGCAACUCUACUCUUCGAAACAAAGCGAACAGUUCAAUCCGGCUACGCCUCAAGGACGAUCGCAGUCGGUGUUAAGUGUCGAUGGAGAUGACGUAGAUGGACUGCCCAAUGUUGAUUUUGACGAUGAUGACGUAAUAGUCGAUGACGUAACAUCUUCAAGUACACCGAAGCUCAAUGGGAACUCAUCUCGAGUACCGACUGAGAGUCUUGCCGAUAUCAAAGCAAAGGAGUUCCAAAGAAUGAGGAGCAGCAGUUAUGGAGGAGGGCCUUUAUCUUCUCUGCAACAGAUGAACGCGGCCGCCGCAUCCUACGCUGCAGCUGCUAACCCCCUGGCAAUGUCUUCCUUUCUGGGACUCCAUCAAAUGGGACUACAGAACCAGUUGGUGAGUCAGAUGCAGUCGGCAACCAAUGAUAUCUACAUGAGAGCUUUGCUCCAGUCCGUGGCCUCUGCAUCAUUGCCUAAAACUGCAUCCGAGUUACUAACCGGAAGCUCCAAAGCAUUCAACGAUUCCAUGCCUUACUUUCCCAAUCAGUUAACUUCUUCUGCCAGUUCGCUGUCUGCAGCUAGCUUGCUCAACGCCGGUUUAUUUGGAGAGCCUUCGGCUAAACGUAGCGCUAACCAUCUGAACGCCAGUCCAGCUGUAGAUGCAACACUGGGCAUGGGUCUACCGCAGUACAAACCACUCGCCGACCAUACUGCGUCGAUGUUGCAACGAGCAGAAAACUUGAGUUUGCCGAGGACUAGUAGGACCUACUCGGUUGAUAGCAGCAGUAACAUCAACAGAAGUAGCGGUUCGCUUUUGUCUCAGCAACUAGGAACAUCUAAACUGUCUCAGACAUAUAGUCAGAUGGCCAGAACUGACAAAGAGCGAGAGGCUCAUUCUCGCGGCGUUUCCAUGUCUCUCAGCGACUCACACAGGAAAUGUGAUCAGACUAGCUCUGGGUAUUCACACAUGGUGAACACGCCCUGUCCUACAGGUUUGCUUACGUUUGCGAAGCCUUACAACCCAAGGACGCUCUACGGGGACAGAAAGUCAUCCUCAGUUGGCCUGGAGAACUCUGCUUCAAAUUCUAGAGCACUGGCGAUGGAAAUCGACGACUCUGAAAUUUCCAUCAAGUCAUCGUCUCACACCAAACAACCCUCCUCUCGCUCGCCCAAAGGCUCAAACAAGGGUUUCAUAUCAGACAGUCCCAGUAGCUGCAGCACCAGUUGUACUUCCGCUGAACCCAAUGGAUCCCGAAUUGUGAAGGCGCCCCUUGCAAACGUACCAUGCACAAGACCUGCAGGUGUGAAACAAACGAAGCAGCAGAGUGUCGAAUCCUCGCCAAAAGACUGCAAAGGAAUGAACGAAUCAGAGAUGGAAGACGAGUUAAUAGAAGUGGACCACGAGCCCCAAGAUCUUCGAAUGAAUACAACGGUGACACAGCAACAGCAGGAAAAGGGGGGCGAUUUGUCGGACAAGUCUAAGCAGGAAGUGACUGUGAGCUUCAGAAACCAAAAUGCAAAUGUUGAAAAGAUGUUGGAGGAAGUGGACUUUACAACCAAGUUCUCCAAACUGCCAGGGAGGUCUUCGAGGACGAUGUUGGGGGAUCUGAACAAGCAGAUUGCAGACACUGUCACCGUGGACUCCCUCUACCCUCGAAAACGAAGAGGAUCUUACCAAGCAGCGGGUGUUGAUGCGAGAAGUGAGGUGGCAUGCGGAUCCGGCGAUGAAAUGCAGAGGAAGCAGUCCACUUCUGGAAACAUGGCAUCCACUGCAGCUUCUGUGGCGCUAACCGAAAAUGUUAAACAGAUGACUCCGUUGGCCGACUCCAAUGGAAUGCCAGUGGACGAAAAGAACAACGGAAAGCCAAAUGGAGCCAGCGCGAACUCGAACAAACUUUUGACUAGGCGAAGGGCGAUUGCGUUUGAAUUGAUCUCGAAGGAGCUCUACCCGAAUGACAACGUGAUCAACGAGUGGUUCCAGCGCAACCACCAGCUGUUCGGCAGUCGCGAGAGAUUCCUGAAGGUAUUGAGAGAAGUGAGACAGCAGUACAUGAAGCAGACAAGAGCCGCCAUUAACGGAGGAUCCUCCUCAGCAUCCAUAGCAUCCGGUGCUUCUUCUACUGUAGCCACAAACAGUGCACAGGGGUCAGCUACCAAGGAAAACAAAGAACUGAACCAGAUGAAAUCGCCUCUUGUAGCUUCGAACAGCGACGCCUGAUCGAACAGGACUGGCAAGAAAUAAAACAGAUAAAACAAGCAAACAAAAAACCGAGGGUCAAAGACCCAACUGAUGAAAUACAGUGCAUCUUUGGUAUCUCGGGAAAUCAUAACAGAGUUGAAAUUGAGCCCUGAUCAUUGCUAAUUAGUUGGCGAUUUCAGAAUGCGUUUAAGUUUGAUGCACUGUAUUUUUGUUUUAACUUAUUAGAUUCGAUAAGCCUUUUCCCACAGUGUUUCGAUUCUUAACCCACAAAUAUUUCUUAAUACAUUUUACUUUC